AUGAAACAUCGAACAAUUGAGGAUAUUAUUGAUGGCCAAGACUUCGUAGAAGAUUAUGUUGAAAAGAAACAUUCAGUUGUAAUUGAGGAGAUUAAUGAAGAUGAUGUAGAAGAUAGUCAGAUUAUUGAAGUCCUCAAGAUAGAUUACUGUAAUAGAAAAAAUUUGCUAGAGUAUUCUGAAGUCAAUGCAAUUGGUGAUGCUGGAGGAGAAGAACAGAGAAUGAAUGGAGGAAAAGAACAGAGAGUCAAUGAAGGAGAUGACCAAAGAGUCAAUGGAAGAGAGAAUGACAUGCCUCACGAGAGAACCAGGGAGUCAAUGGAAAAUGACAUGCCUCACGACAGAAACAGGGAGUCAAUCAGGGAUAGUGACAGUUCUGAUUAUUCUGAGUUAUAUGAUAGUUAA